GCAGAAGGAGCUGGCACAUGGGAUGAAGAGGUCACCAAGUGGUGGGGGGAAUGGAGUUCCUGGUCCACAUGCUCCCGCACCUGUGGGGGAGGAGUGAUGUCCCGGGAGAGGCACUGCUUGCAGCAAAGACUCCUGAUAUCUCAAGGAACAAACAGCACCAUGUGUGUGGGCCAAUCAAAGCAUUAUCAACUGUGCCAGCAACAGCCCUGCCCAGCCAACACAGCCAGCUUCAAACAACAGCAGUGUUCCAGUUUCAAUGCCAAGGCCUUUGGGAAGCGCUAUUAUAACUGGAUGCCUCUUUAUCCAGAUGAUUACACCAGUAUCUCCAACAAACCAUGUGAUCUACAGUGCACCACCAGGAAUGGAGAGAGGCAGUUGAUGGCCCGUGCUCAGGAUGGCACAUCUUGCAAGGACAGAACCUACCAAGGGGUCUGCAUCAGUGGAAAAUGUGAGCCAGUUGGGUGCGACGGGAGUCUCUACUCAGCCCAGACGAUGGACAGAUGCAGGGUGUGUGGAGGAGACGGCAGCACUUGCUACCGGGUCUCAGGCAGCUUCCGAAAGGGGAUCUCACAGUUAGGUUAUGUAUUUAUCACAAACAUCCCUGCUGGUGCCAUGGACAUCCUCAUCAUUGAGCGAAGGAAAACUGAAAACAUUCUGGCACUGGCAGAUGAAUAUGGGAACUUUUUCUUCAAUGGGAACUCAGCCAUUGACAAUCCCCAGAACUUCAGGGUUUCUGGCACUGUGUUUAAGUACCGCCGGCCACCCAGCCUGCACUCUGAUGGCCUGGAGUACAUCAUUGCCCAUGGGCCCACCAACCAGUCUCUGAAUGCCAUGUACUAUAACUUUAAUGGGAAAAUGCCUCAUAUUACUUAUGACUAUACUGUGCCACGGACACCAUCACCAGCUCUCCGAACAGCUCCCCCCACCAUAGAUGCACCUCUUUACCUUCAUCCGCCAGAGUCCAGUCAGAAAGAUCAAGUUCUGAUGCCAGCAGAUUCCAGGGCUGCCCAGGACUUCAAUUCCACUUGGAUUUCUCUCUCAUCGGAUGAUGCCAGAGACCAACUCCAACCACAAGAAGAGCCCGAAGACAUGAGCUUCAGCAGCCAAGCCUUUUUCCAGACCCUCAGAUUAAAUCAGAUUUCCAUCAGUACAACCAUACCCUUCAGUGUGAUGCAGCCAGAGCUCCCAGAGAGCAGUGGGAUCAAGGCAUCCAGGCUCCAUCUCUUCAGGAGGUUAUGUCACCGGGACCCACAAAAUGCUGCCUUUUGCAGGGAACUGCAGCACCUAACUGCCAAGCUGGGGCAGAAGAACUUGACAGGAGGGCUUUGGAGUGAGCUGGGGGAUGGGUGGCCAGAGAGGCAGCGCAAGGGACCUGCCCAGAAGAGCUCACUGGAGAGUGUGAAGUCAGAGACUUACGCAGGGAGUCAAGAGGAGGCAGCUAACUACACCAGGACAGUACCCCUGCAGAACAUCCUCUUGGGUUCCAACUCAACCGUUGGGAACAUGCACCAGGCUGAGCCUCUCCAAGCUCCUGAAAGCAAUGAGUUUGAGGUGAGUCCUGUGGGCCAAGAUGACAUCAGCCUAGCUGACAUGUACCGGUGGAAGGUCUCUGCCUAUGCCCCCUGCAGCUCCACAUGCACUUCUGCAGGCAUCAGCACCUCCUACGCCAUGUGUGUACGCUACGAUGGAGUGGAAGUAGAUGACACAAACUGUGAUGCGUUGACCCGCCCAGAACCUACUCAUGAGUUCUGUACAGGGAGAGACUGCCAGCCCAGGUGGGAGACCAGCCGGUGGAGUGAGUGCUCCAGGACCUGCGGGGAAGGCUAUCAGUAUCGGACUGUGCGCUGCUGGAAGAUGCUGGCUCCAGGCUUUGACAGCUCUGUGUAUGACGAGUUGUGCGAGUCAGCUGGCCUGACCAGGCCAAUGGAAAAGAAAGCAUGCAAGAACAAGGCCUGUGGGCCCCAAUGGGAACUCUCUAAGUGGUCUGAGUGUUCUGCUCAGUGUGGCAGUCAGGGGAUGAUGAAGAGGGAGGUACGAUGCUCAGUGGAGGCACCCCUCUGUGAUGAAUCCAAGAAACCUACCAGUGAAAAGGAAUGCAUGGGCCCACCCUGUGACCGGCACUGGACCACCUCAGACUGGGGACCGUGCUCAGGACUGUGCGGUGAAGGGCGAAUGAGCCGUUUCGUUGUGUGCCGCAACCAGGAGGGGAAGGUGAUCUCAGACUCGCAGUGUGAUGCUGUAGCCAAACCUCUGACUGUCCACCCCUGUGGAGACAAGAAUUGCCCUGCCCACUGGGUGGAGCAAGAAUGGGACCAGCAUGAAGCCGAGAAUGAUCUCUGGAUCCCCUCUUCAUGGACUACCAUUGGUCAGAAAGAAUGACUUGAGGGGUGGACCAAUACAUCCCAUUGGAGCAUAAGUGCAUUGGGUGCUCAGAAUGGUGUUGCAUGGCCCUGUUGCAGCUCCUGUGCUGAUGUGGUGGUCAUGUGACCUUGUAUGGGGUUAGCUCUGUGGCCUCUUUCCAACAACAGGAUGCACAGGAUGUUCGCAAAGCAGACAGGAGUCACAAAGCCCAUGGUCCCACAGCUGUGCGACUCUGAGCUGGUUUGAAUGCACUCUCAGCUCCCAUCAGAGGGCAGCAUUGUCCUAAGGAAGUGCUCUCUGCUGCCCUGAUUCUUGCUGACCACAGUGUGUCUCCAAGCAAGAACCCCAAAUUCAAAUAAAAAUUAGGCAAGACUUUUUCAGUUAAUAGUAUACUCACCAAAAAAUAAUGAAACUUUGAAGGGAUCAAAACAAAAUCAGGGUCAGUUCAAUGAGUAGUUUUGGCAGGGAUAAAAUUGUGGGGGGAGAACGGAGAGUCUGAAAACAUCAGACAUUACCCACAAAAAUCCUUGCCUCUCACAUAUAUCCUGGAUUAUCAUGACUUCAGCAUCACUUCAAUACCAUCAAAACUUUGGAAAGAUUUUAAAAACAAAACAUUAGGUUUCAGCAUUUAAAAAAAUGCAGUCUUUCAGGUUUUCACUUUGAAGUGGCAUUUCUCAUUUUAACAAAAAUGACCCACAUUAAAAGAGAGAGAAUUGUUUUUUCUUAAAGCAGUAAGUACCUAAAAACUUAAACAGAACAUUUUGUUUUGUGUCUAACAAAACAUUUCUGGAUGAUAAAACAUUUUGGGUUGAGGAGGGGGUUGCUUUAUUUGUUUAAUUGAAAAUACCCCAAUUUUUUUAAUUUGGCCUGAACUGAAUUGUAUUUUUUUUUUUUGGUUGGGCUGUUAAACCCAAAACUUCACAGAUCACUUAUAGAAUCUACAGCACAGUUACAGUGGGGAACACUAGGGAUGGGCCUGAGCCAGAACCUUGGGCCCAGACAGAGAAAUUUCACAUCCAGGCUAUCAAGGUCAUAUUGAAUUUCUCCCUGGGUGACUCAUUUUCAAUAAGAGCCAAUGGAAGAACACUCCAUUGUGACCAUCUCCCAUGGCCAGAAGCUCAUGAGACAUGUCCCUGUCUUCCUUCUGCCUCAGUAGCUUGGUGUCUAGUGUGACCAGAUUUCGAGAUCUGGGGUGUGGGAUGUUUUUCACAGGGGGUGAGGCUGCAACACAGGAGAGGUUGUGGGAACAUGGUUAUGUCUGCAUGGAACUGUAUAGGUCUAGGACUAGAGAAAGGGUACAGGUCCACUACGGGUAGUUUCCAGCCAUACCAUCCUUUCCAGCACAUUGUGGCUACCAGCUACCCUCUGCCAACCAGUUUCAAGUGCUGUCCAUGCUACAGGCACUGCCAGUUCCAAAACAGCAUAGAAGUUCCAGGGACAAGGUUUGUGCUUCCUGCCAGUUUUUCAAAAUGGUAGUUUGUGCUGCAGACUAAGCCUGCUGGUCCCAUGGGGCAGCCUUAGACCAGGUGCUGCUCUGCACUGCCUGCCAACUUUGUCAUCAGUCAUGCAUUAGCUCAAUGCGUUAUGAGGCAUUCAGAAUCCUAGCGCAUCCAGGAAGCGCCAGGCAGGGCACUGGGGGCUUGGAGCUGCUGUGUGAUGCAUGGUGCUAAUGUGGAUUUAGAGCUAAAUCAGGAGGGAUCGUGAUAUUUGGCAGAAGCAUCCAGGCCUCAAGUAGUGUUAAGGCAGAGCAUGGACAUGAUGCAGUCAGAGGGGCCAGUGAGGUUGGGGGAGAGUUCAUUAACUCCCUAUUUCAAGGUUUGGUUACCUGAGUUCCUCCCACCCUUGACUAAAUGUUGUUCUCUCUUUGGUUGAACAGCCCCUGAUCAAACCUGCCUCUUCUCCCUGGUAAUAGAUGACACCUGAGAUACUAAUUCCCUGCUUCAUUAAUCCCUUUAGGCCUUGCAUGCUGAAUGGUUUACAUAGAGCACUGCAGCUCACCCUGUCAGUUCCAUCUGAGCGUCGAGAGGCCAGUUGGGCUCUUUCUUUCUCAUGUUGCUUUCCUUGCUCUAGAUGGCCUGACAUGGGUCAGAACCCAGUGAGCUGAUCCACAUAGAAUAGGAAUGAGAGCCCUUCCUUGCCCCCAUGCUAGCCCAGCAUGGCAAACAUGAGUGAAAAGCAAUGAAGGCUCAGCUAUCGCUCAAUUCACUGGCUGGGGCUCUGACUGCACUAAAGGAACAGAGCAGAAUUAACUGUAUGACUGAAUUUAUAGGAGCUCUCCCUGAAGCGGAGACACUGAUCAUACAGUUAGAUGUCAUUUGGUCUCUGUGCAGAGGUCUGCCUCAAGCUUGUAACAACCAAUCCCAUGCUGUGUUACUUCAGUUUCUUUUGGGAAGUGUGAAGUGUACUGUUCUCCCCAGGUACUGACUGAGGUUAAUGCAUCAACACACUCUACGUACCUGUCUGUCCCUUGCCUGGGCACAUAAAUACACUGAAAGAAGCCAUGCUGAUGGGUGUGUAAAACAACCACAGAGCUCUCAAUUCCUCACCUUCAUUAUCACUAUGAUGUGGGACCUAGGGGUCUCUCGCAGCAGUCAUGCUCACACCAAGCCACUCAGAAUGCAGAGGCCCAAUAUUUGCCAAAGAGUAAUAACAAUGCGCAUGCCUGUGCCCUAUAUCCAAGAAACUCAAAGCCCUUUGCAGGCACUUAUCCAUGGAGACUUACUAUGCACCUGCAAGCUGGGCAUCUAUGCAUUGGUUUUGCUGUUGGUGAGGAAGAAGCACAAAUCCCAUGCCCAGAUUAUGUUGUUCAUUACUGACCAGUUCAUCCUUGGCUGCUUCUCUCUUCCAGUGUGAUGCCAGCUGUGGCCGUGGGAUGAAGACUCGGAGUGUACUCUGCGCAGGCCUGGAGAAUGGUGUGUAUAG